UUCCGAGCGACGGAAGAGCGCCCGGCUGGGGCUCGGGCUGCGGAGAUGUCGCUCCUGGCGGCGGUGGGGCGCUGCGCGGUGCCGGGCCCAGGGCCGUGGCGCUGGCUGGGCGGUGGCGGCCAGUGGCGGGCUCUCCUGCUUGUAGGGAAGUGCUCGGCGGCGUGGGAGCCCGCCGUGGCCUCUCGCCGCGGACCAGAGCCGCGGAUUGCCUGGCGCGGACCAGCUGGAGCCGCCUCCUGCAUGGCGCGAAGAAAGCAGGUUCUGCUUCCUCGUGUGGAGUCUCUUCGCUGUUUCAGCACAUCGCCCCUCCCUGACAAUCCUGAAUAUGGAAGACUAGUUUACUGUGGAAAUUUGGCCAAGGCGGUAUUAGGUGUGAAGUUUUUCUCCUAUUCUACCAGCAUGCUUAGCCUUUGUAUGAUGCCUGUCAUCAUCUUCAAAACUGGUGUAGGUGUUGACAGCUUGCCCUUGCAGAUUGCCUUUUUUAGUGUUGUGGGAUUCUUUACCUUUGUAACACCAGUUACCCUGCAUUUAAUUACAAAGGGCUAUGUGAUUCGGUUGUACCAUAAGGCUGAAACAGACACCUACACAGCUAUUACGUACAAUGCCAUUUUGGCAGAAAAGAAAACUGUGUUCCAUCAGAAGGAUGUGAAAGUCCCGGACAUCAGCAAGAUGUUCACAACAUUUUAUGCUAGAACAAAAUCAAUGCUUGUGAACCCAGAACUUUUCAGGCAUCCACAGGACUAUAGCCAUCUAAUGGGUUAUGACAAGCCCUUCACAUUUGACUUGGAAGAUUCAAAAGAAUCUGCAGAAAGCAAAUAGAACUCUAAACAAUCAGAUGUUUGAGUUUUAGAAGUUUGUAUAUACACAGUUGAUUCAGUGUUCUGUCACAGAUCACAAAAUCCCCAAAGUGUUUUUCUUCAUUAAUAACAGUUCACUUAUUAUGUCAUUAAAUACUGAUUAAAACUGAAGUUAAUUAUAAAAAGAGAGUUUACAUGAAGGAUGUUUUGUGAGUGAUUUGUGUAAGUUCUGUCUUUAGCCAUUAAAUUAAUCUUGUCUUUGUGUUCCAUA